AUGUAUGGCGACGAGGAGGGCGACGACGACGGCGAGGACGACGGCGACGACGACGGCGAGCUACUCGAGGACGAUGAUGAUGAUGGUGCUGCCCUUCUGGCUGCUCUAGUAGACUCUGAGGAAGAGGUAACCGCUCCGGCAGAGUCAUCUGAUGCUGCCUUUGACUUUGGCGCCCUUGAUACUACCGAGGAUGGUGACGGUGAUGGUGGUGGUGGUGAUGGUGAUGGCGGCGGCGACGAUGACUCGGAUGAAGAGUUUGACUUUGGCGCCCUUGAUACGUCCGACGACGGAGAUGGUGGUGAUGGUGAUGGUGAUGGCGGUGGCGACGAUGACUCGGAUGAAGAGUUUGACUUUGGCGCCCUUGAGACUACCGACGACGGAGAUGGUGGUGAUGGUGAUGGUGAUGGCGGCGGCGACGAUGACUCGGAUGAAGAGUUUGACUUUGGCGCCCUUGAUACGUCCGACGACGGAGAUGGUGACGAUGACGUCGACUUUGACUUUGGCGACAUCGACUCGUCGCAGCCACAGGCCACCGAUCUCGCGCACUCGACCUCGACGGCGGGCUUUGACUUUGGCGAGACUGAGAGCAAGUCGGCGUCACCGGAGCCCGAGCCGAUCCCGCCGCCUGUCAAGGCGAGUCGGGAGAAGGGUGCGGCCAAGGCCAAGGGUAAGGGCAAGGCUAAGCCUCGACCAAAACCGGAACCGGAGGCGAAGCCUGAGCCUCAACCCGAGGCCAAGAACAAGGGCAAAGACAAGGACAAGGGCAAGGACAAGGGCAAAGGCAAGGAGAAAGACAAGGCCAAGGGCAAGGACAAGGCGUCCUCCGAGGACGGUUCGUUUGUUUAUAUUUCGCCGUUUCCGCCUCGAAAGUCGAUUCUCGACUCUGACGACUCGGAUGGGCCGAGGCUUUCGCGCGAGCCCGCUGCCGCCGACAUGGCGGGGGCCGAGCGGCGUGAUGCCGAGUGGGACGUGCCGCGGCAGAGCUACGCGGGCGCGGGACUGGGCGGCGACGACGAGUACGAGUACGACGAUGAGUACAAAGAACCGGCGCGGCGGCGACGGAGGCGGCACCGCAGCCACCACUCGUCGCGACGACGGCCCGAUUCACUUGCGCCUCCGCCCAAUGAGCGCCGGCGCUUUGGACAGGACCUUGAUCUUGAGCUUGACUUUGACCUCGAUCUCGGGCCGCGGACGUCAGGGCGCGACGUAGGCUCGUCGCGGCACCGACGGCGAACGUCGCGGCACUCGCGGCGGACGUCUCAACGCGGCGGACAGCGCUCGAGCGGGCUGGACGACUUGCGGCCGCUGUCGUCGGUCGACCCGCUGCAUCUGCAGCCGCGCCGGCCGCGGGCGGCACAGCCUGUCAGGUACGAGCGGCUGCGGCAGCCAGGCUACGAGCGAUUGCGUUCACGCUCGCCGCCGCGUCCGCCGGUGGUGCGUGCCAUCUCGCCGCUGCAGCUCCACCGUGGUGCGCUGGGCCCAGGAUCGGGAGCGGGAGCGGGUCAGGCACCGACGCUGUUUUCGUCGGCACCGCAGCACACCCCUACCACCGGCGACGCCGCUCGGUUCCGCCUCUGCUCGCCCGAGCCACAGAGCGUCCGGCCCGGUUUUGGCACCAACGCACCGAGCGGAUCGCUCGCCGGGCUUUCGACCCAGUUUGACGAGCUUGCGCUCGGCUCGAUGCCGCCGGUCCGCUCGCCGCCACGCGCCUGGCCUUCGCAGCUGGCGUAUCCAGUGCAGCCGCCGCCAGCGCAGCAGCAGCAGCAGCAGCAGCAGCAGCAGCAGCAGCCGUUGCAGCCACCGCCGGCGUCGUAUCCGUACUACCAGCCGCCGCCGCCGCCACACUACGCCCAGCUUCCGCAGUACCAUCCGCAUCACUACUCGCCGCCGCAGCACCAGCCGCAGCAGUACUCGCUGCCGCACGGCCACGGCCAGCACCGCGGCUCCCAGCCGGCAGCUCCGCCGCAUUCAUCACGUCCGAUGAAUGCUGGCUUGUCGUCUCUCCCGCAGGGCUCGGAACUGAUGGCGUACUACGCCUCGUUGCCAGAUCCCAAGGCAAGCGCUGGUGCAGAUGCUGGCGUUGAUGCCAGUGCUACUCGCGCGACCAACGAGCCAGGCGCCAAGUCCAGGCUUGAGGCCAAGGCAAGUGAGUCAGCACAGCCUGCGCCGCCGCCGCAGUGGCAGUCGCCCCCGCAGCCGCCCUAUCCGAUGCAGCACCAGUUUGCACCACAGCACCCGUCGCAGCACCCGCCUCAUCCCUACGCCGGCCACCCGCCGCACUCGCCGCAGUACCCGAACCUUGCGUCCAGCUCGCAGCUCUCAUCGGGUCCCUCGGGCGGCAUGGGCUUGUCCGGUGAUCUCCCUCCGUCGUCUUCCGCCUACGAUCCUAGCCCAGCACCGGCCACAACGUGGCUCUAG